CGACACAGCCCGCCGGGUGCCUCCCGCCGUCGCUCCCCUGAGGCGGGACCGUGCCCGCGUCCCUGCCGCGGGAUGAAGAGGAUCUUCGGGUUCGGGAGGAAGAGGAAGGGGCACCCGCCGCCCGGCAGCGCCUCCCUGCCCUGCCCCGCCGGUGCCUACGAGCUCCGGCAGAAGGACCUGGGCAAGCUGCACCGUGCGGCCGCCAGCGGCGACCUGGCCCAGGUGCGGCAGGGACUGAAGAAACACGGCAUCGACGGGCGGGACAAGGCGGAGCGGACACCUCUGCAUCUCGCUUGUGCGAAUGGCCAUGUGGAUGUCGUUACGUAUCUUGUAGAAAACAACUGUAAGCUAAAUCUUCUUGACAAUGAUAACAGAUCGCCACUGAUGAAGGCAGUACAGUGCCAGCAAGAAGAAUGUGUGGCUAUUCUGCUAGAGCAUGGUGCUGACCCGAAUCUGGCAGACGCUGACAGCAACACUGCCCUUCACCUGGCUGUCCUGUCUCCUAAUACAACUGUAGCGGGGCUGUUACUUGAGCAUAAUGCCAAUAUUGAUGCCAGAAUAAGGUAAAUUUUUAUAUUUGUUAAGGAAGGAUAUACCCCACUUAUUCUUGCUGUCUCCGAACAUCAUGAAGAGAUAGUAGAGUUUCUCCUUAAAAAAGGAGCUGAUGUGCAUGCUCGAGAUCAGUGUGAAAGAACACCACUUAUGACUGCUGCUUCUGGUGGGGAGCUUAAUUUGAUAAAAGUUCUUCUUCAGUAUGGUGCUGAUGUUUCCCAAAAAGACACUAAUGGAUGGACAGCUGAGGAUUACGCUGUUAUUCAUGGAUAUUCGAGUCUUAGUAAACAACUGGCAGAAUACGCAGACUGGGAAAACACAGGAGAAGCUUCGGCAGGUAGUGCACAAGGCAUCACGGUACUUAGUACUCCUCACCGGGCAGGAGCUGCUGGCUUUACGUUGGGUGCACCUGCUGUGGACAGAGGAGGAAUGCAACAAUCUCCUAACCAGACAUCAAGAACAGGAAAAUCAAGGAAAGCAAUAGAUGACUUUUCCCAAGGAGACUCAAUAAGAAGCUCUGAGAAGGAGGGGAGUGAUGACAGUUGGCACACUUCUGAGGAAGAAGAACUCGAUUUUACCCCCAAGAAGCUGCAGAAGCCAAACUUGACACUAUUAAUGAAUGCUUCCCAGCAGUUCAGGAAAAACAAUGAUGGUGAUGGUUCUAGAAUUGAAAGUCCUAAGUCACCAAAGAAAAGCCUCAAACAAAGAACCCCGUCAGAUGCAAACCUGAACAAAGGUGAAUGUGGAGAAUUUUUGAAUCAAGAUGUCUCAGAUGCAAGCAACCUGGAGGAAGAAGAAUUGGAGGAGGAGGAAGAUGAUGAAAAUGACAAUGGAGAUGAUGAUGAAGAUUAUGAGGAGGAAGAGGAAGAAGGAGAGGAGGACGAAGAUCUUACUCAAGAUGAAAAGGAGGAGGAAGAUCUGGAAGAUGAAGAAACUCAGUCUAAUGACAUACUGGAGGAGGAGCAGGGGGAGAAAACAGAACCUAAAGGGGAAAUUAAUCAGAAAUUGGAGUAUUUUAGUAACACUAAGCAUGAAGGGGAAGCUCGGUGUGGAACUGGAGAUGUCUGUGAUGAUGAUGAUAAAAUAAGUAAAGAACUUGAUGAAAAGGUAGAGUUAUCUGUUGAUACUCCUGUGUCUUUUAUAGCUGGGUGUUAUGAAAGGUUGCAAGAAAAUAUAACUGCCAUGUCUCCAAAGAUAAUGAAUAAUGAAGUAUCUUGCAAGUCACUACCAAAACAAGCUGUCUUUCGAAAUCUAAAUAAUUUGCAAGAUACACAAGAAAGCUGGAACAGGAAAAGCAUGAUUCAGGAGAAGUUUCACAGAAAUGCUGACUCCUGUUUUGCAGACUCUGAAAUGACAGACUGGAAAAAAGAGAUACCUCAGCCUCUUUCAGAUAGUUGUGGUCUUAAGGAGAAAAAGUCAAGCUUCGGUCAUGGCUUUGAAAGUGGUAAUAAUUCUUGGUCAGCAGCAAAAAACCCAAGGCUUGAAAGUCAAAGACCAAACUCUGUCAUUCUUGAACGUGUGGAUGAUGAAGAUACUGAAGAAGAGCAAUAUGAAGAAGUAGAUGAUAAAGUUUGUGAAGCACUGAAACAAGAAAGUGAAAACUUGCGCUUAAAUAGGCAUGAAGAAAAUUUAAGAGCAGCAUUUCACUUAAGCACCAAAGAAGAAUCACCUGAACGGGAAGAAGAGGAGGAGGAGGAGCAGGAGAAGGAAGACACUGGUGAAGAGCUACAAACUGCAGUUGCUGAGGGUGUGAAAAAUUCUAUUUGUAAUGAUAGCCAUCAAGUCCACAAUGCUUCAAAAGACAAUGCUGGUGAGAGAAAUGAGUUAGUAAAUACUGAUCCCAGUGCCCUGCCAGCAGUGGGAGCAGAGGAAGAGGAAGAUGAUGAAUCUCCCUGGGAUUCUGAGACGGAUUCUGAAAGUCCGAGAAAAGUAUCGUCCAGUGUGUUGCUCCCAGCUGCAGACAGACAUGGAGCAUGCUCACAGGUUGCUUCAGGGGAACACGACAAUGGCUUUUUGGAGAAACCCAACAAUUCCCAGCUGAAGACUCCCAAAUCUGUUUUGGAAAUGAAUGAAACCUCUGCUAAAAAAAGGCAGCAGAAAUCAGAUCUAUUGGAGGAAUUUGGUUUAGGAGAUGCAGAGGAUAUUGAAGGUGAGUACUCAGGAUCUACCUUUCAUAUGUCGUCAUCAGCUGAAAAAGAAGACAUCAAGGAUGCCAUUGAAAAUGAUGGGGUGCGGGAUAAAUAUAUUUUAGAAACUACCAACUUGAUAGAAAAAGCAGCACGUGAAAAUCAGACUGACAAAGCAGAAAUUUCACAUCAGGAAGCCGUAGCAGAAAAUAAGGAAUCGCACCGUGCUGACAAGCAGUUAACUCCAAAACCUUGGGAAGAAAGAUAUGAAAGAAUGUGGGUUGAAAAUGAGAAAAGGGAAUUGAAAACAAAUUUUAAAAACAUUACAGCAGAGCUGAAGCAGCUGUUCGGUGAAAUUAAUGAAAAUGGGAAAACUACUUCCCUUGUGGAAGAAAUGUCAGAAGAUGGCUUCAGUGAAGAAUUGAAGAGUUCUCGUGUUGUUUCGUCUCAUGCAACAGAAUCAAGGAAUAAGUUAGAAAGUAAAGGUGAAUUUGGAGAUAUUAAACUUAUGCUAGGUGGAAAAGAACCCAAAAUGGAAAUUGUAAUUCCGAGUCUUGGUGUCCUUCCUGAUCAAAAUAACUUAAAUGCAAACGUGGAAGAUACCUGGAGUACAGAUGAUGAAGAUAGCACAAACAAAAAAGAUAAUACAAAGGUGCCUCUAGCAAAAGGAGAGGAAAAGAAAAUGCCUCCUAUGGAAAUGGAAGAGAAUGAAAAUGGAAGUAGUAGAAAAGUAGAGGAAAGUCCAGAAUACUCUCUGAGACAUAGCUUAAAAACAAGUAUUUUGGAUGAUGUUUCUAAUAUUCUUCCUAAAAUAAGACCUGUUUCUACAAGUGAUGAAAAUGCACUUUUUGUAACAGAAAGGAAACUUGGAAAAGACUCUGGAUUUAAUGAUGAUGUUCCCAGGGACUGCCUUAUCAACAAUAAUAAAAUAGGAGAAACAGAAAUUUACAGUCUUUUUGCAGAUGCUCAGCAAUCGUGUGGCAUGCUGAAAAGGAAUCUUGAUGAAGAACUAAAACAAGAUAUGGAAAGAUUUAAGAGUAAGGUAGGAAUGCUGCAAAUAGUAUUCCUGGCUUUGGAGAAAGAGAAAGUACAGCUGCAAAAAGAGGUUGAGAAGGAAAAAAGCAAACAAAGAUGUUUCAAAACGCAGGAGGUGGCAAAACAGGAAGAUCUUGAUAAAUUGAAUACACCAGCUCGCAACGUUACUAAUCAGCAAAUGAAACAAAAGCUUACUCUAAGGAAGAAUGACUGUUUGAAAAUGGAAGAUGAAAACAAUAUAGAAGAAAAAGACAAAAAGAGUUUUUCAUCUGAGGAGAGAUCAAAAUUGAUUAAAUUGCCGAUGAAAGGUAAAUUUGCCCUGAAUGCCAAAGUUGCAAAGAAAAAUGAAAGACAGACUUCAAAGCAGAAGGCUAAUCAGCAGAUGAGCUCUUCCAGUGGGAAUAAUUUUCAAGUACUGGAUGACAGCACUUUCAGUGAAACAUCUCAAGAUGAAGGAAGACCUGCAGCAAAAACAAGGAGUGAAAAGAACAAGGUCAGUAUCCAAAUGGAUGUAACUGAUGACCUUGACUUAACUCAGUCAUCUGACACAGCUUCGGAGGAUGUUGAAUUACCAACUUCAACCUACAAAGAGGCUAUGUUGCUAUUAGAACAGCUUAGUGUGGAUCAUACAGGUUCUGCUAUUUUGUUGAAAAUUCAAAACAUACUUCUUGAAUAUGAACAGAUAAUAGAACGUGAAAAAAAUCGGUAUACAGCUGUCUGGAGAGAAGUAAGGAAAUUGGAAAGUGAAAAGGAGGAGUCACAAUUAAUAGCGGAAGAGACUCAAGAUUUGAAAACCAUAUUGGCUCACCAAGAAGUGGAAUGGAAAAGUGAUAUCCAAAGCCUUAAAUUUACUUUGAAACAAGAAGAGGAAAAGAGGCUCAGAGUAGAAACACUAUAUGAGAAAACAAGAGAAAAACUAAGAAGGAAAGAAGAUCAAUAUUGUAAAGAGAUGGAGGAGAAACAGCAACUUGAGUUACACUCAAGGAAUUUAGAAAUGGAAUUAAUAACAAUGAGAAAGCUCUUGAAACAGGUUGAAGAAGAGCGUGAUGAAACACAGAGACAGCUCUCUCAGGAAAAGAGUGCCCGAGCCCUGCAAGAAGGAAUUUUGAACAAUCACCUUUGGAGACAGAAGGAACUAGAAGAAGAGACAAGAAGAACUAUAGGAAAAAGUUCAGAGGAAUCCGACACUGAGAGAGAAAAGGAUCUGUUGUACAAAAAUCAGUUACUACAAGAUGAGAUUGCUAUGCUAAGACUAGAACUUGAUCAAGUAAGACUUAGGCACCAGGAGGAAGAAGGAAAAUAUUUAGAGGAAAAUGAGACCUUGAAAGAAAAAAAUGAAGAUCUCAAAAAGGAACUUAAACUGAACGAGGAAGCCUUAACACAAACAGUUUUUCAGUACAAUGGACAGCUGAAUUUAUUAAAGACAGAAUCUGCAGUGCUAACUUCCAAACUUGAGCAGACAAAAGAAAGCAAAGACAGACUAGAGACAGAAAUUGAAUCAUUUCGUUCCCGCCUGAACACUACUGUUCAAGAACUUGAACGUCAUCAGUCAUCAAAAAGUGAUGUCGAACGAACAUUUCAGAGAGAACGUGAUGAAUGGCUUCGCUUGCAAGACAAGCUCCAUCAUGACCUCUCUGAUGUGCGAGAAACCAACAAGAGCUUGUCUCAGCAGCUGAGUAAAACUGAAAGCAAAGCUAAUAGUCUAGAAAAUGAGCUUCACCAGUUCAAACAAACUCUCAGAGAAAAAACAUUGCUUUUAGAAAUGACACAAAAAGAAUUAAGUCAAGCCCAGUGUCAGGCAAAGGAAUGCGAUCAUGCUCGACAACUUGAGAAAGAUCAAGUAAGCAAAUUUAUAAUAAAGCAGGAAUCCAUGCAGGAGCGAUUGGCCCAGCUCCAGAGUGAAAACCUUUUACUCCGUCAGCAACUGGAAGAUAUGCAGAACAAGGGGAUCAUCAAAGAAAAAGUAGUGAAUGAUGUGCAGGACCGGUUUAAUGAUAUUUUCAACAAACUCAGAGCUGAUACUGAAAAGCAAGUUUACCUAGUAGAAGAGAGAAACAAGGAAUUAAAUGCCAAGUGUACUGAUUUAAGAGAACAAGUCUUUAAAUAUGAGACUGACAAAGUAGAAAGAGAGGGCAUGGUCAGACAGCUACAGCAGGAGCUGGCUGAUGCUCUUAAAAAGCAAUCUAUGUCAGAAGCUUCACUUGAAGUUACUACACGCUACCGCAGUGACCUGGAGGAAGACAAGUUGCGCUUGCAGAAGGAAUUGGAAAAGGUUAAAACCAAGUUGCGGGAGUUGGAAGAACAGCAUCGUCAGUCUGAGCAUUGUGUUCGUGACUUGAAGACUGCCUUGGAUGAUAAGGAAAGAGAAGUAAUAGCUUCCUCCCAGAAACUGCAGGACCUCCUGUUGGCAUCUUCUGGGACUAAUACUACUAUAAAACAACUGGAGGAACACGUGCAACGCCUUGAAAUUGAAAAUGCCAGAUUGGAAGCCACAGUCCAGCAACAAAGCAAUAGGAUUGAAGCCCUUCAGAGAGACCUGCAAGCCUCUGCCUCAGUUCAUAACCGCCUGGAAGACUUGAUAACUAGCUUACGGACAACACAGGCAGCUGCAGAGGACCACCACCAUCAGCAGAUGCAAAAGCAGAAUGCGCUAACUCUGACAUCAAAGGACUUGCACAGCAUGUGGGAAGAGCAAUUGAAGUCAAGAUCCCACCUUGAAGAGCGUGUUGCUCAGCUUGACAGGGAAAAGGCUGAACUCUUGGAACAGUGUGAGAGUGAAAGAAAGAAAGUGAAGAAGCUGGUAGAGUUGAAACGCCCAGUUGAACUGCGUCUGGACCAAGAAAUGAAAAGAAACAUCGAACUGCAGAAAGACUGUAAGAGGUUGAAGAGGCUUCUGAGCAGAGCUACAAAGAAACUAAGGGUGUAUGAGGAGAGAGAGAGAGACUCCCAGCUUAAUUUGCAGGGUGAAAUGAAGAACAGGUGUUCUGAAAUGGUCAAUGAAGUUGGUAGAUUAAGAACAAAGGUUGGUGAACUUUCUCAGCAGCUGGAGAUAGAGUCUAAAAAAUGCAUGCAGCUAGAAGCACAAAAUCAGGAUUUGCGAGAAGAGUUGUCCAGCAUGCGUGGGAACCAUGAAAAACUGGAGAAGAGCAAAUGCCAGCUGAAAGAAGAGGUGGCUAAUCUCAAACAUCGUUUGGAGACUAACAUGGUGGAUCACAGCCAAAUAGAACAAUAUAAAAGAGAGAUGGAAGAACGAGCCGGACAAGAAAUAAGACAAAAACUGCAAGAAGUCAACCUAUUUUUGCAGACGCAGGCAGCCUCCCAGGACAGAUUAGAACAAAUCAGAGCCAGUCAUCAUGCUUCACUGAGAAACCAGCUAAAACACAGAAUUAGAGAUCUUGAAUGUGAAUUGGACAGGAUAAAAAAUACCCAACAAGACAGUAUUUUUCAAAAAGAAUCCACGCAGGCAGAAGUGGAAAGGUACAAAGAGCUGUAUCUGGAGGAAGUAAAAAUUAGAAGAUGCCUGGCAAAUAAACUGGAAAGAGCUAAUGAGAAACUAGCCGAAGCCAAUGCUAAGCUCCUUCAGGAGCGCCACAGAAGCAAAUCUUUAAUCGCAAGCAGUAUUGUCAGUGGAGGCCUGGCUGCAAGUCCAGUUCUGUAUUCAACUGAACUGGGACAUCUUGGCAACAAUUUGGCACUGAACAGAAGUCUAAGUCUAGGAGGAAGCUUCCUAAGCCCAACCGGGAACGCAUUAUCAUCAAGAAACAGGGUUGAAGCCUAUGUGGCUAAGGUACGGCGGGAACUGGAUGAAAAAAUCACUAAAGAACUUGAACAGGCCACUGCUGAACUUGAAACUGGGUCUGCUGGAGCUUCUCCCAUGGUAUCUACUGAUGGAUCUUCAAAAAAUGUCCAUGUUGACCAGGAUCCCCUUUGCAGGGCAAUACAGGAGUACCGUGAUGUUUUAACCAAAAAUUAUCUGAUUUGAACAAAAUGCUAGGGAAAGGCUCUGGAAAUCAUUUUGUUUACAUAGUGUAUCUAUGGUUUCCCAUCCCAUGGUUCAGAUGUGAAAAUGUGUUUGUUGCAGUCUGAAUGUAAAUUCAAGUCUAUUAAAUGGAUGUCAAGCACAUUGCACUUACCUGUUGGUUUAUUGAUGCAUAGUUGUUUUAUUUUGCACUCACAAUAAGAACCAUAUCUGUUUUUUCUGACUAGCAGAUUGACUAAUCUUGAUUCUUGAGCUUGACAGAACUGUCAAAAUGUUUCUUACUAAGGUAGAUGCAUUUUGCUCCACUCAUGUUCUGUCUUUUAACAAAAGCAUUCCCUUUGUUCUGUUUAAUCCUUUCACUCUAUGUGUUUUUAAUGUUUCUAGUGUUAUUUUAAUGGUUAGGACAUUAUUUGAUGUGCUUUGAGCCCGCUGUGUCUGUCCUGAUGCAGUGAAUAUUUCUGCUGAUAAAGUGAAAGUUUUACCAGUGUUCAAGCUGGAGACUAGGGCACUUUACAUUGCUGUCACUUUAUGCGCCUUAGGUUUAAAAUUACUAUGAAUGUAUAGUAGUGCCAAGAAACUUGUUAUGUAGUCUUUUUGGAAUGUUUGUUUUGUAUCACAGAACCACAGAAUGGGUGAGGUUGGAAGGGACCUCUGGAGGUCAUCUGGUCCAGCCCCCCUGCUCAAGGAGGACCACCUAGAGCCAGUUGCCCAGGACCAUGUUGGCUUUUGAUUAUCUCCAAGGAUGGAGACUCCGCAGCCUCCAUGGGCAACCUGUGCCAGUGCUCUGUCACCCUCACAGGAAAGAAGCGUUUCUUGAUGUUCAGACGGAACCUUCUGUGUUUCAGUUUGUGCCCAUUGCCUCUCAUGAUAUUCAUGUUGAUUUCUGUAUUAAAAAUUGCUGCAGCUUUAGACAUUCACAGUUCCUACAUCAACACCUGUGGUGCACCUGAAACACUUCAUAUGGGGGAAAAAAAGAAUGUUAAUAUAUCAACUUUCAGUCUCCUCAGUACUUCCCAAAAUUUGUAUGAUAGGAUAGCCAAUCUUUUUGUUGCUGCUAGCAGCUGAUGAUAUGGUGGCUGUAGUCCAGAUGUUAGCCAGUGUGGUGGGGCAUUUGUGUCAAUAAAACAAGCAGUUUUACUUAUUUCAGGGAGUUACCUGUUACUGAAAAUUUGCAGUUGUCAUUUCCUGUCUGCAAAAGUCACUAGUGAUGAGAAGACUAUGGAACAAAAUCCCAAUUCUGGAAAAGUAAGAAUGGUUGUACUGAGAUGAAUUAAGACUGGGCAAAUUUGGGGGGUUUACCCACUAAUUCAAGGACUUGAGUUAACAGGCAGUGAGGAAAGCAAUGAAUGCUGCUGUGACACUGUUCCUUUUUAUAUGAAUACACUUUUGUGAAGCUAAUACACUGUAUUUAAUUCCAGAUAUUCCGUUUCAACUUGAUAUUUAAUAAACUUUGUA